AUGGCAGAACCUAAAAAACGAUUACCCCAGGAAGGUACCAGCAAAGCUGGAGAAUCCUUCCCCACCGCACCGGACUCGCCGGGGGUGGGCUGUCCCAAGUAUUCUGGGGGGGACAAGUUAGGCCAUGAGUGGGAGGAUGAGGAGGAGGUAGAUGCAGCGAGGAGGGAGUUUGUGGAGAGGCUGCUGGAUGAGAUGGAGGCGGAAGCAAUGGAGGGCUUGGAUUCCGACUUCUCGGGAUCAAGUCUCUCCUUGGAUUCGGAAGCAGGAAGUGACGUUGCCGGCACAUCAACAUCUUUGCCGCAACGGCGAUCCCAACGCAAGAGGCGGAUCGUGGAAAAGACCAAACCGGACGAUGACGCACCAGAAAUCGUGUUUAAAACACCGGUGCAGAAGCCCGCAACACCAUCUGCGGCAAAGAAGGCGCCCGUUACAAAAGUGGGUGGUAGUAAUACCGGGCCAAUAAAGAAGGUGACGAGGGGGGAUGACCCUGAUCUGGCGCAGGCGAAGGCCGAAUUGGCCGCCGCUACCCAGAAAGACAUGGAGAUGGAGGCGGCAGCCGCAGUAAAAGCGGCUGCUCCGAAACCGGCGAAGCGCCCUACCACCCGCAGACCCUCAGAUGAGGAUGCGAAGCGCUCCGACGUCCUGGUUUCGGACAUCCAGGAAUGUGCCCUGAAGGUCCUCGAUGCCGUGAAGAAGUCCGGCCACCUGAAGGGCACAAUCGUGAAGGACAUCAAGGACGCCGUCGCUACCAUCCGCGCGGCGUCUGAGUCACUAGAGGGUAGGACGUCGUCUACCGAAUGCGCAGCGCUUCGCCGGGAGAAUUCCAGGUUGUCGCGAGACUUGGCGGACAUGCGGGAAAUGAUGACCGCCAUUAGGGAGGAGUCCGCCAAGUACUACGUAGAGUUGAGGGACCUGAAGAAGAAGACAAUGGGGUCCGCCGGCCAGAGCAUGGAUCAAUUGGCGGUGCUCAAGGCGGAGAGGGCAGAAUGGGAGCGGGAGAUCUCCGCGACCCGUAACUCCUACCAGGAGUUACUGAAGAGGAGUACGGAGGACCGCCUACUGCUCACUACGGUGCAAACGGAGUUGGCGGAGGCCAAAGUCGCACUGGCAAAACUGCCGGAGAGUGCGACCAUGGACAUGGCCACUGACGCUCAGGGUGCUGAGCCGGUAAUCACCGUGGGCGUUGAGGCACGCAUCGUCCGUCAAAUCGGGGACAUUUUCAAUGCCCGAUUUGAGAGAAUUGAGGAGCUAGUGGGCAGGCCGAAGAACUCGCCGCCUAAACGAACCGCGGCCGCACCCCGAACACCUGGGCCGGCCACGAGAGGAGGAAAUGCGGCUCCUGUAGCCAGCACUAGUGGAGCGGGGGUGAGCGCUUCUCAGCCUCCGCCUGCUAAAGAGCAGUGGACGACUGUUGUUCGUCGGGGAAAACGCGCCAAGUCCGGAAAGGACCAGACGUCGGCCCCACCCACACAGGCGUCUUCAGGAGGUGCCGCUCAAAAGGAGGCUCCGAACGUGGCCCGGAAUCAGGCCAAGAGGGGAGAAAACGCACGGAGAAGACAAUUCCGCCAACCGCGCUCAUCGGCGAUAGUGCUAACGCUAAAGCCGGGAGCUGUGGAGGCGGGAUCCAGCUAUAAGUCGGUGCUCCGAGAGGCCCAACAGAACAUCAGGUUGGAUGCCCUCGGAAUCACCGAACUUGGCUUCAGGCUGGGCAUUACGGGGUCCCGCAUCCUUGAAGUGAAGGGACCAGUGGAGGAAAGUGGUGGGAAGGCGGACGCCCUCGCCGCAAAACUGUCGGAGGUGCUCCCGGCAGAGGUGGUCAGCGUCACCAGGCCGGUCAAGUCCGCGGAGUUCCGCGUCUUGGACCUGGACGAUGCCACAACAGUAGCAGACGUGGUGGCAGCCGUAGCGCGUGAGGGAGACUGCGCCGAGGCCUCCGUAAAAACGGGGGAAAUCCGGCGCUCUCCCUCCGGGAGUGGCUCCGUCUGGGUCCGAGGCCCAAUCGGAGCAGUGAAGCGGUUGGUAGAUGCCGGCAAAGUUCGAGUGGGGUGGACGAUGGCACGGGUGCGGUCUUUGGACCCCGGCCGAUGCGGUGCUACCGCUGCCUGCUCACAGGUCAUGUGGGCCAGCGGUGCACCGCCAAGGAGGACCGCGGCGGACUUGCUUCCGUUGCGGACAAGACGGCCACAAGGCCGCAUCGUGCACCGCCCCCUCGCCGCACUGCCCUUAUUGCGCGGCGGCGAAGAAAAAGGCGGACCACCGUAUGGGUAG